AUGACAGGUAAGAGCGAUGCUGCGCUCUAUCCAAGCGGAGCCGGUUGCGCGGUUUUACGCGCGGCGGCACUUCUAUGGUCAUCUAAAAAGACACCGAGCUUUCCUGCGUCUAUCUUGAUCGUGUCAGUGAUGUUACUGUCCUCGAUCCAGUCAACAUCAGCUCAUCCUCAGUGCUUGGACUUCAAGCCACCUUUUAAACCUCGAUGGCACCUGGAGUUUUGCAGACAGUAUGAACAGUUUGGCUGCUGCGACCAGAGAACAGACAACAUGAUCGCAGAAAGGUAUUGGGACAUCAUUGAACAGCUGGAAACGGCAGGUUAUGAGCUCUGUACAGACAUGCUGAAGGAAAUUAUGUGCCAGGAAUGCUCUCCAUAUGCCGCCCACCUGUAUGACGCUGAGGACCCCUACACACCUGUCAGAGAACUUCCUGGUCUUUGCUUUGACUACUGCUCUGAGUUUCAUGGCAAAUGUCGCCAUGUGCUUAAAUAUUUAACAGUGAACCAGCUGCUGCUGUACGCCUCAGAGCAGGACGUAACCACAUUCUGCAGCAUGGUGGACCUGUCUGACCCAGACUACUGCUACCCCAAUGUUUUGAAGAGCCCUGAUCUCAAUAGUAACCUGGGACGAGUAGUGGAGGACCCCAGAGGUUGCCUACAAUUGUGUCUGACUGAGGUGGCCAAUAAUCUCAGAAACCCAGUGCUGAUGCUGCACAGCGGUGAUGACACACACCGAAUGUUUAUUGCAGAACAGGUAGGCUUUGUUUGGGUUUACCUGCGUGAUGGCAGCCGGCUGGAACAGCCUUUCCUGGAUAUGAGUGGAGAGGUAUUGACCACCCCGUGGCUGGGGGAUGAGAGAGGAUUCCUGGGAAUGGCUUUCCACCCAAAGUAUCGGGAUAAUGGACGCUUCUUUAUUUACUAUUCCAUCCAGGUCAACAGUGAGCUGGAGAAAAUCAGAAUCAGUGAGAUGAAGGUGUCAGCCUAUGACAUGAAUGUGGCUGAUCCCUACUCAGAGAGGGUCAUAUUAGAGAUUGAGGAGCCAGCUGCGAACCACAAUGGAGGCCAGCUGCUUUUUGGUGUAGAUGGUUAUUUGUACAUCUUCACUGGCGAUGGUGGAAAAGCUGGGGAUCCAUUUGGGAAGUAUGGCAACGCACAAAACAAGAGUGCUUUCCUGGGAAAAGUGCUUCGCAUCGAUGUGGAUGAAAGUGACCCCAGUGGGAAGCCAUACAGAAUCCCCUGGGAUAACCCAUUCCUCGGGGACCCAGGUGCUCGGCCAGAGGUGUUUGCAUACGGGGUGCGAAACAUGUGGCGAUGUUCUGUGGACCGUGGCGACCCGGUGAGCGGCUACGGCAGGAGUCGGAUAUUCUGCGGAGAUGUUGGUCAAAACCGCUAUGAGGAGAUUGACAUUAUUAUCAAGGGAGGGAACUAUGGAUGGAGGGCCAAAGAGGGCUUUGAGUGCUAUGAUAUGAAACUGUGCCAAAACUCCUCCCUGAAUGACAUCCUCCCUAUAUUUGCAUACAGCCAUCAUGUUGGAAAGUCUGUGACAGGGGGGUAUGUCUACAGAGGAUGUGAAUCACCCAAUCUGAAUGGCUUGUACAUUUUUGGAGACUUUAUGAAUGGCCGAAUCAUGGCGUUAGAGGAAGACAAGACAACAGGAAACUGGAAAGAGAGGAGUGUCUGUAUGGGUGAUACACAGACUUGCUCUUUUCCUGGACUCAUCAAUCAUCACCACAAGUUCAUCAUCUCAUUUGCUGAAGAUGAAGCAGGGGAGUUGUAUUUUCUGGCCACAUCAUACCCCAGUGCCAUGUCUCCUUUUGGAACAGUGUUUAAAUUCAUGGACCCCUCCAGGAGAGCACCUCCUGGGAAAUGCAAGCAAAAGCCGCUCCCUGUCAAAGUGAGGGGGAAAAAGUUUCCAUUUGUGCCAAGGGAAUUGACUGUGCUGGGCACAAAUGAAAAACCAACCAGACCACCACCAAGAAAGUUCAAACUCACCACAAAACCGCCGGUGAAGAACAGCCAGGCCAAACCUACGACAACCGCAGCCGGCAACACGACGGCGGGCACUGGUGUAAAGGUGAAACCAAAAUCAUCUGACAAGGAAGCGAGGAAGCAAAAUACGCUGAAACCAUGGAAGAAAGACAAAAUGCUGAACAAGAAGAAAGCCAACACAAAAAUGGAGAAGAAUACUUUGAAGCAGAAUGCUAAGAAGACAUCUGUCAGCGUCAAAGACAAAUUAAAAUCAAAGAUGAAUCAAACUGCCACAGACACUUUAAACAUGUCAAAAGCCUACAAUAGCCUGAAAGAUAACAAAAUCCACACAAAGAGAAAGAUCCCCCAAAGGAAAGCUGCACAGAAGCAAAGCGGACCAAAGAUGAACAUUAAAGAAUCUGCAAAAGAGUAUCCUGCCUUUGUGAAACAAACUAAGACAAACCUCAAUGUAAAACGCAACAGAACAGUGACAGCACAGCUUAAGGUGAAGAGCAAGAAAAUAUGA